UUUUGAGAAUAUUGCUUUUCUUAGCUGGAUCAUCUCGCAUACAUUUUUUUCAUAAAUUUUUCGAAGAAAACAUCUUUACAGGUCAUAUUGUUAUUUUGAAGAACAAAAACAAACAUACAAUGGAUCGUGAAUCAAUUGAAAAAUUUAUGGAAGUGACGGGAGAGAACGAAUCUGUUGCUACCCAAUAUUUAACUCUUGCUGAGGGAAAUGUAGAGAAUGCAAUUCUUUUGAUGUUUGAAGGAAAUGGACCUGUUGGAAGAGACGCUCCUCAGAUUGAGGAACCUGAGGUUCGAGCGCCAAUUCUACCGACUCAAGAAGUUUUAGUACCAUCAGAACCUGUUUGUUCUUUUCCCAGAACAUCUAAUAAUGUUUUUGAUAGGUUUAGAGACUUUUCGGUUGAAACACGUAGACAAGAAGAAGAAAUGACGAGGCAAGUCAGUGGUGGCAUUAGCAAUCCAGUUCUCAAUAAAACAAAACGCUUAGAGGAUCUAUUUCGUCCUCCAUAUGAUAUUCUAUUCAUGGGAUCGUUUUCAGAAGCAAGAGAUCAUGCAAAAUCAAUAAAUCGUUGGUUAUUAGUUAACGUACAAAAUUCUCAAGAAUUUUCUUGUCAAAUUCUUAAUAGAGAUGUAUGGUCUGACAAACAGAUAAAGGAAAUUAUCAAAGAUCAUUUUGUCUUGUGGCAGGUUUUGUCUGAUUCAUCUGAUGGUAGAAGAUAUAUUGACUUUUACAACGUAAUUGAAUAUCCUUAUUUAGCAGUAGUCGAUCCAAGAACGGGUGAAUGUAUGCGAUCGUACAACAAUAUUACAGUUGAUCUCCUUCUCACGGGAUUAAAUGAUAUUUUAAGUAGUCAACCAUCUCCAGAUAGUUCAGCUGAUUCUCCAAAUGUUGAAGAAUCUCAUUGUGAACCAUCUUCAUCCAUUGAACGUAGUGUUUAUUUAAAUUCUAAGGAUUCUGGUAGAAAAAUGAAAAAAUCUCGUAUACUAGAUCAAAUAUCAACUGUUGGGAAUCACAGCCGUAAUGGCAAUUCUUUUGGACUAAAUACAAGUACAGGGAGCUCUCAUACGAUCCGUGGGAAAAGAUCUCGUAUUGAAAUUCCUGAAGAAUUGGGAGAUAGUCCAUCUAAUGAAGCUGCUAUGCCAACUAAAGAAGAUUCAGUGGCAAAAAAUUCAAAUACUGUUCCAGAAGCCGGUUCAAAUAAAUCAGAAAUACCUAAUGGUGAACCUUCAUUGAGAUUAUGUCUUCGAUUGCCUAGUGGUGGAAAAGAAGCUGUAUCAAUGUGUGCUAAUGAUACAAUUGAGGCCUUCAUAAAACGUAUAGAAGAAAUGGGUUUUCCACGAUCUGAGCACACAUAUUUGAUUCUAUUUCCAAAAACAAAUGUGGCUACACUGCCAUCUCAUACCAGGCUAUCUGAUACGAUUUUAUAUCCAUCCAACACAGUAUUCAUUACUAAAGUAUGAAAAAUGACAAAAUGUUUUAUGCUUACAUGAUUUUUGUUUUGAUCGACAUUUGAAACUGCCAUUCAUAAUUUUCAAGUGAAAUUAACUAUUAAAAAAUUAAUGUUACAACUAUAUAAAUGAAUAAAUUGAAGCAUAAUGUGAUUAUCAGGAGUAGAGAAUAAUAAACCGAAACGAAUUAUUAACACUGCCAGAAAAUAUUCAGAACAUUUUUAGAUAAUUUCAAACUGCCAUUUCGUUCUUUUUUAUCGUCGUCUUCAUUUAUCUAGUCUGGAUUACUUAUGGAACAUAAGUUAGAUUUUUAUAGUUUUAUAAAAUAUAUUUAUUAGUUAAAAAUUAACGUCCAAUAUUUUUAAAACAAAAUACUCCAUUAAUAAAAAAUGAUAUUAAAUUUAAAAUACUAGUAAUCCAGAUAUCUUAAACUUUUUGGCUGUUUUUGAUAGUGCGUGAUUUGUCUUCCUGAGCUCGAAAUUAGAUUGUUUUUAUCUAUUAAUUAAGAUAAAUAAC